AUGGCUCUCCAUAACUACAUCUACCUAAAGAACAAAACGCAUGACCAGGCGUGCCACAAACUUAUCGCACGCGACCACGACCCACGCCCGAUCAUGAGCAAGCCCGCAGAGGGCGUCACGCAGGAGGCGCAACAGUCCCCGUGCAAAACCAAGCCCUCCAAGAGCGGCUGCACGUGCACGCACCCGCCAGAGCGCUGUAGCGGCUCCAGGGCAGGAGACGCCAAGCCCAACGCAUCGGACAUCACGUGGUAG